UGUGGUGUCUUGGAACUUGGUUCAGUUGCCUUUGUGACUUCCUGAGCCUAAAGUGGGAAGAUUUUCCUCGCCUCCUGCUUCUACAUCAUCACGAUAAAGUUUCUUUAAAUUUUUCAAAAUAUCUUCAAGCGAGAGAUUCAGAAAUCAUUUACAACAAAAGAAGUUGAAGCACUUUUGCAGUAAUUCUUGCUGCGAGGAAUUAUGGAACACCAACAAGCCGCGCUGCCUCCCUACGGAGUGACCUUCCUCCCACCUCUGGGGAACGGGACGUUUUUAAUGUCCCCAGCCUUCCCGCCUGCGGCUCAGGCAUCGGGGUCUUAUCUAACCCACACCGAAACUCACGGACAAUGGGGACCAAUCCAGUACUGGGACCCUUCGAUGCCGAUUUCAAUGUUAUACCGAGGAGGAAAUGACGCUGGAGGUUUCUUCAACUUACUUCCGUGCACUUUGGCAGAUGCCCAUCUCACCAACAACUGCUUAUCGUUUCCCUGCACGACCUGUUUUCACCCGGGACCAGUGAAUGGGGUUUAUCCGCCUGCCACAGUAUCAGUUCUGCCGCAGGGACCAAGUCUUCCUAUCGUGAUCGUACCGGCCAUGGGAUACGCGACAGAACCGUGUCAGGGGGAUUGGCCAAAUCAAAGUCUUUCUGAAAUUGGGAGUGACAGCGUGCCUAACACGAGCAAGAAGAUGGAAGACGGUUCAGGCGAUGGAGAUAUGAUGCAGGACGAGCAUAAGUCCGAGACAACCCUUCCUUCAUCAAGUAGCCAUAAAAAGUCAAAGUCUCGUCGACGCCGUCGUCCUCAGCGUCGUCCUCACAAAGAUCAUCGUUACCCCAGAUCCAACUCUGGCAGCUCUCUCACGUUGCACAAUCAUUGCAAGUUGUGUCUCAGCAAUGGGGAAUCGGAGAAAUUUUACAUGUCACACACGCUCCGGGAUUCCGAGGACAAGGUCUCCUGUCCAGUCCUACGCAACUUGGUCUGCAGCAUUUGUGGGGAAACUGGCGACACGGCCCACACUUUAAAAUACUGUCCCUACAAUUACGACGUCCCACUGGAAUUAAGGUCCGCGAAUUUUGACCAGGCACGACGCGACGUAGCAAAAUUGAUGAAGAUGCUGAACUGAUGUGCAAAACUUAGCAAUUUUAUGACUAGAAUUGAUGAACUUUUGUAAAAAAAACUCGCUUUUUUACACUAGCAGCGAUUUGUAAAAUAAUUUAGACUAAAAAUAUAAAUACAGACAAAUAAUUGUUGUUGCUUUCUUUGAUGGUGGUUUUAGUUAAUAUUAUAGAUUAUCCAAUGAAUUUACAAAUUACUAUU